AUGCUUUCAAGAAGUUCUAGAUUAUUGCACAAGACGCCUCGUUCCAUUUUGGUUCGUGGCUUUGCCUCUGUUUCUUUGUCCGGUAAAUACCCCGUGGGGCAAGAAAUUGCCGGCUACAAUGUCGAUAAAGUUCUUUCCGUUCCGGAAUUCAACUUGACUGCAGUCCAAUUGACCCACAAGUUUAGUGGCUGCAAACAUCUCCACAUUGAUCGUCAGGAUAGAAACAGUGUUUUCGGCAUUGUUGUAAAGACAAACCCUCCGGAUGACUCGGGACUUCCACAUAUGUUGGAGCAUACUACCCUAUGUGGAUCCGACAAGUACCCUGUGAGAGAUCCCUUUUUCAAGAUGCUUAAUCGUAGUUUAGCCAAUUUCAUGAAUGCCAUGACCGGUCAUGACUAUACCUAUUUCCCCUUUGCAACCACUAACAAAACUGAUUAUGAUAAUUUGAUGGAUAUCUAUCUAGAUUCUGUCUUUCACCCAUUGUUGAAUCCAGAGGAUUUCCGCCAGGAAGGAUGGAGAAUUGAGCACGAGGAUCCCAAAGAUCGCAAAACACCCCUUACUUUCAAAGGUGUUGUCUUCAACGAAAUGAAGGGCCAAUUAUCAGACCCCGCAUACUAUUUCUGGAUCAAAUUCCAGAAGAGUAUCUAUCCCUCGUUGCACAACUCCGGAGGUGAUCCUUCUGAAAUUGUCAACGCCUACUACGACGAUUUGAUUGAUUUUCAGGCACGUCAGUACCAUCCUUCGAAUUGUAUCACUUAUACAUACGGCAAUCUACCACUUCAGAACUCAUUGGAGAAAAUCAACAAGGCCAUAAUAACAUUUGGUAAAAGACAUAUUCAAAAUGUUGUCAGAGAACCUAUUAGACUCACCGAGAAUACCACGGUGGAGGUUCCUGGACCAAUUGAUCCGAUGCUUCCCGAGGAAAAGCAGUUCAAGACUUCUUUGACUUGGUAUACAGGAAAGCCAACCGAUAUUUACGAAAGCUUUGUACUUAAAGUCCUUUCCACUCUUCUUUUGGACGGCCAUUCUUCUCCAUUGUAUCAGCACCUUAUCGAGUCAGGUAUUGGUACUGAUUUCUCGGCCAAUACUGGUAUGGAAGGUAUGGCUUCUGUCAAUUUGUUCACGGUUGGACUAAAUGGAUUGACCAAAGAGAAUGCAUCCAAGUUGCAGGACUACAUUUUUGACACUCUCAAGCAGGUGAAAGAGGAGGGAUUCCCAGAGAACCGUGUUAAAGCUAUUCUCCAUCAACUUGAAUUGGGUAGAAGAAUUGAGAAUGCAGACUUCGGUUUAGGAUUACUCAGCUCUUUAACUCCUGGCCUGGUUGAUAAUGUAGACCCUCUUGAAUCUCUUAAAUGGGGAGAGAUCACCGAUAAGUUUAGCAAGGAAUACGAGGCAAAAGGCAAUCAGUUAUUUAAGGAUAUGGUGGAAAGAUACUUGACCAGCAAACCAUACUUCAAGUACACCAUGAUACCAGACAAGACGGUCCCCGAAAAGUUAGUGAAGAAAGAGAAAGAACUUUUAGAACAAAGGGAGUCUCGCAUGUCGUCAAGUGACAAAGAGAUUGUUUACCGAAAGGGAAUUGAGUUGGCCAAGUUUCAGGAAAAUAGAAAGGAGGACCUCUCCUGUCUUCCAACUCUUCAUACGAGCGAUAUCGGUAGAGAAGGACAUUUUGCUCGUGUCAAGGAAAAGUCCAAGCGUGGUCUUACUAUACAAACUCAUCUUUCACCAAAGACCAAUGGCGUUACCUAUUUCCGUGCUUUGAAGACCUUGAGUGUCGAUGAUAUGCCGCGCGAUCUCGUCAAGUAUUUACCACUUUUUUCCGCAUGCUUGACUAACCUUGGUACAGAGGAGAAGCCGAUGUCUGCAAUUGAAGACGAGGUUAAGCUUUACACGAGCGGACUCAAUUCCACGGCUUUUGUACAUUCUUCAGCCUUUGAUCCCGAUGAAGCUUAUUUGAAGUUCGCUAUUGAUAGCGCCUGCCUUGACAAAAAUGUUCCUCGUAUGCUGUCUCUUUGGGAACAACUCCUUCAAAACACCAAUUUUGGAAAUACCGCGAAGUUGGAGACAUUGAUCAAGUCUCUUAUGAGCGACACAUUGAGUGGAAUAGUCUCUAGUGGCCACAGUGUCGCUACAUGCAAUGCAGAAGCACGUCUCUCGUCAGUGGGAAGCAUUCAAGAAUCCCUUGAGGGCAUUGAACAGGUUCAAUUUUUGAACGAUCUUGGAAAAAUCCUUGAGAAGGGAGAUCUAGAAACGGACGUUGUUCCUAAGCUUCAAAGAAUCGCUUCAAUAUUGCUCAAUGCAUCCAAGUUCAAGUAUGGAAUCACAUGCUCCCGCAAGACCUCUAAAGAUAGCGAGUCAGAAAUUCAAAAAUUCGAUAGCAAAUUUAAGGACUCCAGGGAUUACGAGGUAAGCCCAUAUCAGACUCCAGAACCCGUUGCUGCGGCAGAGAAAUCUAACGUUUUCAUUCAGAUUCCUUCUCAGACCAACUUUGCCGCCUCUGCAUUAAGAGGAAGUGUGUACGGCUCAAAGGACGGGGCGGCAUUACAGAUACUUUCUCAGCUUCUCACCUUCAAAUAUCUUCACAAGCAGAUACGUGAAAAAGGCGGUGCGUACGGAGGAGGAGCAUCCUACGAUGCAUUGAAUGGACUAUUUUCUUUUUAUUCUUACCGGGAUCCGAAACCGUUUGAAUCUGUUGCCAAAUUUAGCGAAUCUACCGGAGAAAUCUGCAAAAAGAUCGACGCAGGAGAAAUAAACAAUGAUGAUCUAGAGCAGGCCAAACUCACAAUCUUCCAAAAAAUUGAUGCUCCUGAAAGUGUGCGUGAGGAAGGACUUCCAUUCUUUAAUUAUGAUGUCGAUGACGAUAUCAGACAAGAGAGAAGAGAAAAUUUAUUGGACUGUUCCUUGGAGGACGUUACUGAUGUGUCAAAAAAAUAUUUCUCCUUUGACAAUAAGCGUGCCAAUUCUAUUAUAGGACACAACAGCGGCGAUCUUCCUGAAAAUCAUAAACCUAACUGGAAAAUCAUUAGACUGCAGUGA